AGCUGAUUUGUCUAUAGUCCGGUUGCUGGUGCUCUUUGUUUGUUAAAAUUUUGUUUGUUUCUCUAAAAUUGGCCAUAAGAUAAGUGUUUUUUGUAAACUAAAUACCUGCAAAGAUUUCGCGAUUGCUAGGCAUUACCGCUAAAAAAUUGUGCUGUGAUAAAUGUGAUAAACGAGAGACUGACGCGAAACUCAAGCAAAAACAAAAAGUGCUCAAUUAUCAGUAAUUUACAAUAUUAGGAAACUUGAUUCCAUAAGCCAACUGAUUAAUUUUUAACUAGAAAAAGUUGUGUGCUUAUAUAACAAGUAAACAGAACAGAAGCCGAACACCGAAUACUGAAACCGACCGAGCAAACCCCAUUAGAACCGAAGCUCUGCUCGCCCCCAUAGCACUGGGAAAUUGAAAAAAAUGCGAAUCGUUGGCCGCAGUAUGUUGUCAGCCCUCAAGCGGCUAUCAGUCAGCCAUCAGAAUCAGACGAUCUUGGCCAGAAGUAGCUCAGUCCGCAGUGCCCAGCGGAACCCAGAGUCGCAAUCACAUCGAUCAGUCCAUAGUCAAUUCGGGACAAUGAGUCUGCCGGAGCGCAAGCCCUUCACGCCGGACUUCUUUUUCCGCCAACUGUUCGAUGGGGAGAGCAGCACCUACAGCUACCUGCUGGCGGACCUAAAGACUGGCGAGGCCGUGAUCAUCGAUCCCGUGCUGGAGCAGGCCAAGCGAGAUGCCCAGCUGGUCAAGGAAUUGGGCUUCAAGCUCAAAUAUGCCAUCAACACACACAUGCACGCGGAUCACAUAACGGGCAGCGGCUGGCUCAGAGAGCUGACUGGCUGCCAGUCGGUGAUUGCCGCCGCCAGCGGUGCCAAGGCGGACUGCCACUUGAAGGAGGGCGAUCACGUUGAUUUUGGGAGCCAUGUCAUUGAUACUCUGGCCACUCCUGGACACACCAACGGCUGUAUGAGCUACGUGAUCAAGGAUCAGGGCUGCGUCUUCACUGGCGACACACUCCUUAUACGCGGCUGCGGACGCACAGACUUCCAGGAGGGCAGCCCCAAGAAUCUGUAUGAAAAUGUUCACAGCAAGAUCUUUACGCUGCCCGAUAACUAUCGCAUCUAUCCGGCCCACGACUACAAAGGACAACUAGAGAGCAGCGUGUGGGAGGAGAAGCGCUAUAACCCCCGUCUGACCAAGGAUCUUGAGGAGUUUAUCAAAAUCAUGGAGAACCUUAAUUUGCCAUAUCCCAAGAAGAUAGAUGCGUCGCUGCCCGCCAAUCGAGAGUGUGGAGUCUACGAUAUACCCAAGGAGUAACCCACUCAAAUUAGAUCCUUAUAAAGCCACUACAAGUGCAUCUAAACAAACAUAUUCGUAUAUCACAAUACUUCCAAGAGAUUUGUAAUCUAUAAAAAUAUAAAUAAAUAUACUUUUGCAAUCCAUAUUCAACCCA